AUGAGUAAAAAUAAACCAAAGCCAGCAGAUGCUAAACCAUAGUUAUCAAGUAUACAUCCCUCAUUUAUCAUCAAUAGAAGCAGAAUUGGAGGCAUAAAAUAAGGCUAAGUAGGUUAACGAUGUUGAGAAUGAAGCAUUUAAGGUAUAAUAAUAUUGAAACUUCUUUAGAAAUAAAUGAGAGAAGAAAUAAGAUUACUAAAAACAGAUAUAGAUGCAGAAGAGAAAUUACUUUCUUAAUAUUAAUAAGAAAGAGAAAAGAUAAAUUACAACUGGAUUAUUGCUAAGAAGGAAUUGGAUGAUAAGAAAAGUGACUUUAUUAAUAAGGAAAGAGAAAUUUAGGAUUUAAAGGAGAAUCACUUUAUGCAAUUGAAUCUUUAUAAAUAAAAGUAUAAGUUUUAUAUUAAAUUUUAGAAUUAAGCAUCUGUUAUUUUAAAAUCAAGAUUAAUAAAGUGAUUUAAGGAAAGAUGUAGAAGUUACUUUAAAAUAAUUAGAAGAUGAUCAUAGAAUGAAAGAUAGAGAAUUAAAGACUGAUAUUAGAUCUUUAAAAGUUUAAUAAAAAGAAGCUGAUUUAGCUUAAAAUGAUUAUAUGUUUGCACUUAAAACUGAAUAUGAUCGUUAAGCUACUUAAUUAAGAUAGAAUUUUGAAAGAUAAGCAAAUGAUUUAAAAGAGAAAUAUCAUUUAAAAAUGGAGAAAUUAAGAAGAGAAAUGGAAGAAGCUAGAAAUAAUCUUAUUAAAAUACUUUAAGAAAAAAAGGAUCUAAGAAUAUAAUAAUUAACUAAAGAACAUUCAAAAAAAUAUACAGAAAUUAAAAAUUAUUAUUCUGAUAUUACUGCUACUAAUUUAGAUAUGAUUAAAAGUUUAAAGAAUGAGAUUACAGAUCAUCAAAAAAAAGAAGAAAAAGAUAAAAAAUUAUUAUAAUCAAUUGAAAAUGAAUCUAAAAAUUUAAAUGAACCACUCAAAGCUAUUAAAGAAGAAAUUAAAUUUUUAAUUAAAGAAAAAGAAGAAUAAGCAUAAGUAGUAUAAUAAAAAGAAUAAUUGAAAUUAAAAAUAGAUGAACUUGAAAAGAAAUUUAGAAAUUUAGAAUAUGAAUAUGAAGUUAAAUUAUAACAUUUCUAAUAUAUGGAAAGAGAAAAAAAAUCACUUGAAGAUAAAUUCAAUUUAACUAUUUAAUCAAUUUAAUAAAAAACUGGUCUAUAAGUAUAAAUUAUAUAAUAUAUAUUAGAAUCUAAUCUUGGAAAAGAAAACUUCUGCUAUCUAAGAAGAAUUGGAAAUCAAAGAAUUACAAUUGAAUCAAGUCUUACAAGGAGCAAAUAUUGAUUAAAAUACUAUAAGUAAUUAUAAUAUAUAUUAAUUUAGAUAUUAUUACAAGAUAGUAUUAAGAAAUUGAUGUCUAAAAAUCAGCUCAAAUUGCUGAAUUAUAAUAAUAAUUAACAUAAAUAAGAAAGGCGCAUUCUCAUAUGGUUAAGGCUUAUGAUGGUAAAUUAGCUGAAUUUGUAAUUCCUGUGGAAGAACUUGGAUUUGAUCCAUUAGUGCCAACUUUUACAGAAUGAGUCGCAUAUAUUCCAUUCAGUUAUUUUAUAUAAUGUCGAAAAAAAA